AUGGCCAGCGAUGGCUCCGAGGAUUAUGUCUUCGCCAUCCCCAACUUCUGGCCACCAUCGAAACUGCUGGACUCGGGGGCAGACGCACCGUCUGCUGGCAGCUUCUUUUCCACCAAUCUCACAAGCGCGGAUCCCUUCGCGCUCGAUCCCCUGACGCCAACACACGAUGGCUUCUUCAAGCUGCUGCCAAUCUCUCAAGACACUACCGAGACGGUCCAUGAAGAUGAUGCGACCGAUGCGACCGAAGCUCCGGGGCCCACGGAUGGAACUGAACAGACAUUUGAGCAAUCCUCUGCAGACGUGGACAGCACCGACGGUGAAGACGGAUCCGACCUGUGGCUGGAGCCCAAGAUGCCCUCCAAACCGAAGCCCCCCUAUAGAUCGUGGAACGGUUUCUACUCCGGCAAUGCGUCCGCGACGCACAAACCAAUGAUGGUUACAGAGGCCGGCCCGGCUGCCUACGACGCCCUGUUGAGCACCCCAAACGACCCGCUGAAGCUCAGGAAUGCGGGCGUUCCUGUUGUCGACACGAAAACAUACCUAUCCUCCUUGCUGGCUUUGGCACUUGGCGGAGAGUCGGUACUCUUUAUUCGGAAAGACGGAACUCAGGGCCUCAAGCCUGCGCUUCCCAAGAUGAGAGCCUCUGGGUAUUCCAGUCAUGUCCUACAAGCACUCGAGAACAAGUGUCUUAGGUGUGGAAGCACCUUGGUAGGGCUACGGUCCUUUGCGCAAACGGUUUACUCGGAACAUACGAGCCGAUGCGGCGUCGCCCUCGCCAGCACCGUCAGCCAAGUCCUGCAGGUUGUCCAAGAGUGGGUGGCCUUCAAUGGCCGAAACCCUCGCUCGCUUCUGCGGCUUCAAUCCACCGUCAACUCGGUGGUGGCUAUUUUGCGUCCCUUCAAGGCGCUCACAUCACAAUUGCGCCAUGGCCUAACAGAUGAAGAUAUUCUAAAUCUCGUCUUUCAUCAAGCUUAUACGGUGGACAGUAACGAAGAGUAUCUGCGUCAGAUUAUGCGAGAGGUGCUGCGGAGGGUCUCUGGGCCGUGGAUUGAGUUUCUUGAAGAGUGGAUAGGCACGAAGCGCGAGCAGGGACUGCCUUUCACCAAGGCCAAUCUUGGAGAAAGCAAAGGAUUUGUCAAGGUUGAAGCACGAGCCUUUCGGGAUGAUUUUGGCCGGGAGCUAUCAGAGGUCGACUACGUCUUGGACUCGAGCAAGAUGCCGCGCUUUAUGCCCGACGACGUGACCGAAACGAUCUUCGAGACUGGGCGCAACCUGCGGUUCAUCCGCUCUUUCCACGAGGACCAUCCCCUAGCUCAGCAGGAUGUCAUUGCGUCUAGCGAUCCUCCUCGAGCCAAGUGGCUCUACGACUGGGACGCCAUACUGCACCUCGAGAGCCGUGCCGUUGCGUAUCGUGACUGUCUAGCCGCAGCUAUCCAGUCGAGCCGUUCUGGCUACGCCUACGACCCCAUGGAAACCUCACUUUAUUUGGCACCCGAAAAGCCGGGUUCCAUACUUUCCUUCUUCGGACUGGAUACAACGGGCAUGGAGGAGCGCAUUGCCGCCUCGAUUGAGCAGUUUGCUCAACCAGUCUCAACACACGAUGCAGAGGAUCCCCUGAGUAGGAUCGUGCGCGAUAGACUUUGUGGGACGCAUGCAUCCGCGAUCGAGCUUUCUAAUUCCACUCCACACUGGUCCUUGCUUCCUGUCCUCUCCUUUGGCGUUAUUGCUUCGGCACAGGCCCAGGUGGUCAACAAGGAGACACUCAGGCUUCUCUUCACAGAACACAACUUGCGAGACCAUCUCAAGCUGCAGCGAGAGUUUCAGCUUCUUGGGAACGGCAAUCUAUGUAGCCGCCUUUCUCAUGCUUUGUUCGAUCCCGAGUUGGAAUCGGCAAACACGCGAUCAGGGGUCCCAAAGAAAAGCAGCGUCAUGGGCUUGCGGCUAGGGGGCCGUGAUAACUGGCCUCCAGCGAGUUCGGAGCUGCGACUGGCACUGAUGGGCAUACUCUCCGAUUGCUACAAUGCUUGUCAAGACGGCAAGAAAGCCGAAAGGACUGAACACAUAUUCGACAAGAACCUUUCCGACCUGCCAGGCGACCUGAGCUUUGCUCUGAGAGACCUGACAGAAGAAGAGAUUGAAAAAUGCAUGAACCCUGACUCUCUCGAAGCACUGGACUUUCUACGGCUAUCCUACACGGCGCCACCGCAGCUGAGCCCCAUCAUCACGCCGUUGAACCUGCUGCAGUACGACUACAUCUUCAAGCUCCUUUUACGAGUUCUGCGAAUGACGUUUGUCGUCAACCAGCUGUUCCGCGAUUCCAAUUGUCUGGCCCGCGAGUGGGAAGACCCCGGUGACGCAACGCUCCGAUUCGUUCGAGAAGCGCAGCAUUUCGUUUCCAGUGUGUCGGCGUAUUUCCUUGACACGGGCAUUUCCGUCCCCUGGCAGGUGUUUGAAAAGAAAUUAGACAAGAUUGAGAUGGAUCUGCACCGACCAAGCACGAGCAGCUCAUCGGAAGAGAUCCAGAGCCCUGACAAAUUGCAGGAGCUCCAUUCGCUCGUCCUCGAUCGGAUCAUGCUCGCCCUAUUUUUGCGGAAGAAGCAACAGCCAGUGUUGAAACUGCUAGAGGACAUUUUCAACACCAUCUUGCGAUUUGCAAAGAGCCUAAGACUAAGGCGGCUGGGAUUAAGUGAGGUAGAUACACAGGCAGAGCCGGAGCCCCUCUCGGAAAAGGCCCGUCGCACGGACGGAAAGAGAGGGAGAGAAGACAGGAUAUUCAAGGAACAAUACGGGACUGGAGACGAUAGCAUGGUUGCCCAGCUCCUGGUCAAGCUGGACAUGUGCGAUUACUACCUCAAGCGGUAG